ACCCGGCGGGGCUCUGGAGAGGCGCCGCUUGCUCGUCCCUGGAGCCGCCCAGCUGCCGCCGCCUCCGCCCUCCGCUCGCGGUGAGCCCGUCAGUCCCCGCACCGUGCGCUCCUCCGUCUGGGCCAUGGAUGGCGGGGAUCUGAUGAGCUUCUUUCUUCUGGUGUCGUUAACGGACCUUUUACCAUGAACAAUUCUACUCCUACAGGUGUGUAUGCUAAUGGGAAUGACAACAAGAAAUUUAAAGGAGAUAGACCUCCCUGUUCGCCUUCCCGUGUUCUCCAUCUUCGCAAAAUUCCAAGUGAUGUCACCGAAGCAGAGGUCAUAUCAUUAGGUCUACCAUUUGGCAAAGUUACUAAUCUUUUGAUGUUGAAAGGAAAAAGCCAGGCUUUCUUAGAAAUGGCUUCUGAGGAAGCUGCUGUUACUAUGGUGAAUUAUUACACUCCUGUUACUCCUCACCUUCGAAGCCAGCCUGUUUUUAUUCAGUAUUCCAACCACAGAGAACUUAAGACUGACAAUCUACCUAAUCAAGCUCAGGAUGACCCAGAACAUGCACAUAACUUCUUUUCUAGCCUAUGGACAUACUUGCCAGAAGGUCAGAGAGCCCAAGCUGCACUGCAGGCUGUCAGUGCUGUCCCGUCGGGAAGUCUGGCCCUUCCUGGAGCUCCUACCAAUGAAGGCACAAUCCUACCUGGGCAGAGCCCUGUGCUCCGAAUAAUUAUUGAAAACCUCUUUUACCCUGUUACUCUGGAAGUUCUUCAUCAGAUAUUUUCCAAAUUUGGCACAGUCUUGAAGAUUAUCACCUUUACAAAGAAUAAUCAGUUUCAAGCCUUGCUUCAGUAUGCUGACCCAGUGAAUGCACAUUAUGCCAAAAUGGCUCUGGAUGGCCAGAAUAUCUAUAAUGCAUGCUGCACUCUGCGUAUUGACUUCUCCAAGCUCACCAGCCUUAAUGUGAAAUAUAAUAAUGACAAAAGCAGAGACUUCACUCGUUUAGACCUUCCUACUGGUGAUGGACAGCCAUCCCUUGAACCCCCUAUGGCUGCUGCUUUUGGUGCACCAGGUAUAAUUUCUUCACCCUAUGCAGGGGCUGCUGGAUUUGCCCCAGCCAUUGGAUUUCAUCAAGCUACAGGAUUAUCAGUCCCAGCUGUUCCUGGAGCUCUGGGCCCUCUCACAAUCACAUCCUCUGCUGUCACUGGAAGAAUGGCCAUUCCUGGGGCUGGUGCUUUACCAGGAAAUUCUGUUCUGCUUGUCACCAAUCUCAAUCCUGAUCUUAUCACACCACAUGGGCUUUUUAUCCUGUUUGGAGUAUAUGGUGAUGUACAUCGAGUGAAGAUUAUGUUUAAUAAGAAAGAAAAUGCCUUGGUUCAGAUGGCAGAUGCGAGUCAAGCUCAGCUAGCAAUGAACCACCUAAGUGGACAGAGACUUUAUGGAAAAGUACUUCGUGCUACACUGUCCAAACAUCAGGCAGUUCAGCUUCCUCGAGAGGGACAAGAAGACCAAGGUCUGACCAAGGAUUUUAGCAAUAGUCCUUUGCAUCGCUUUAAAAAACCUGGCUCUAAAAACUUCCAGAAUAUCUUUCCACCAUCAGCUACUCUGCAUCUUUCCAACAUUCCCCCUUCUGUUACAGUGGAUGAUCUGAAGAACCUUUUCACAGAAGCGGGAUGUUCAGUGAAGGCUUUUAAAUUCUUUCAGAAAGAUCGCAAAAUGGCACUCAUUCAGUUGGGAUCUGUGGAAGAAGCAAUCCAGGCCCUCAUUGAGCUUCAUAACCAUGACCUUGGAGAAAAUCACCACCUCAGAGUUUCCUUCUCAAAAUCUACAAUCUGAUUUUUCUGUGAAUUUUUCUCCUAAGAUUGGACCAUAAUUUCAGUAAAACCUUCAGACAUAGACUGAAGCAGCUCAAGACCAAUUCUGCCUCUUUCACAAAAGUAACUCUGGUUUGAUAUUCAAGUAUAUUUAGAAAAUCAAGGGAUGUUCUUUUUUUCCAUUUUUCCCCCUUGCCAGUAUGUGAUCAAAGGUUUGUUUUUCCUUUGUACCAUAGUUUCUAUGAAAAUAAUCUUUAGGGAAAAAAAAUCAGGAAAGGAAUUUUUUUUCAAUAAUUUAAUUUCCUAUAUUAAAUUGGAUUUCAAGAGGACAGACUUUCUUUUAGUUUGGGUCCAGAUCAGCCUUAUACAACAUUUCUAAAAUCCUUUGUACUUUGGAAAAAUUUAAACAUAUAGACUUUAAAAAAAAAAAACAAGUUUUUAACUUGAUGUUUCGAAGUUCAACCCCUAUAGGAAAUUAUGUUCACUUAUAAAUUACAUUAUUUGGCAUAUAUUAAUAGGUAUACAUAAACAGAUUGGGUUGUAUUGGAAGAAAAUUUAUAAACUUGCAUGUUUUCCUUCAAUGGUUUCUUUUUUUCCACUGUAAGACACUCCUUAGACUAGUACACACCUUCAAUUUUUUAAGACUCUUUGGAGAAAUGAAGUGUCUCAGUUGUCCCCAAGGAAAUUAAAUAGAAUCCAAGAUCUAUUAAGGUGUCAAAUUAAUUAUUAGUUUUAUUAGGAAAAAUCAUGGUUUAAAUUUCAAAAUGACACUAUUUGCUGAGUAAUAUGAUCUUGGAAAAUUUAAAAAGAAAAGUAAUCUACUUACAACUACUUUUUUUAUAAUUGUUUUCAGAAAAAAAGUUUACAGUCUUAAGGAAAAUAUUCAGGUCUAUCAUAUGGUUUGACAGAUUUUUUAAAAGUUAUUUUUGGUAAGGUCUUCUUUUAGAAAAAAAUUAAUCUCAAGGGUUUUUUGUACCACUAUAAUCUCUAAUACUUAUUCAGAAUUACUGUGUAUUUACUUAAUUUCUUAUUAUGUGCCUUAUUAUGUGCUUAUGAUACAAUAGGUUAGAAUUUUAUCUAAGUAUCUUGAAAGCUAUAUCGUGGGCUUGGUGAGCAUUUUGUUUUUUCUUUCCCUGUUUUGGUAAGGAUUUUAAAGUUUUUUCAUUGCAAUUUUAAGUGGUUUUCAAUAAGUAAUAGUUUUUAUUCAAAUUUUUGGUGCUUUGGUGCAGAGAUGGGGUGGGGAAGGGUGAAUGGUUUGGGGACUAUCUCAGUGCACACCUGUAGGCCUCUUCACAUCGUGACCAAUAGUGGUCGUGCAGUCAUUGACAGAGCGUACCAGUUUGGGACUAUAAAAUGCAAUCUCAGUUUCUGGAUCUUGUCUAACCUUUAUCACUCAUUAGAAUUUGUCUCAGGAUUACUUGGUUUUUCUCAGUACUCAAGUGACAUGCUUGUCUUUGUUAAUGUAACAUCAUUACUGAGUGCCCACAUACAUGGAGUAUGACAAGGUGGGCUCCUUUUUCAAUACUCUGUCCCUCUCUAUGGUUGAGUGUAAGAAUAUGUUUUAAUGUUGCUUCAGUGAUUCUAUAAUGUAAAAUUCUUUCUUUUUAAUGAGAAACUUUGCAUUUGUUAAUUAUUUUUUUCAGUGCUUGAUCCGAUUUUUUUAAAAUCAGUAUUUGUCAAGGGGAUCAUUUUUGUCCAUCCCUUUUACAGUUUUCAGAUCCUCAGAGUAGCUCAUCUCACCUUUAAAAACAAUAUCUCAAUUUCUUUCCUAUAUUCCAGCCAUUAGUUUGAAUGUUGGAAGAUUUUCACAAAAAAUUGGAGACUACAGAAGAUACUGUAGGUUCUUAAAAAGCAGAAUUCACUCAACACUGAGCAACAGGUAGUUGGUAGAUAGAAUAGGAAGGAGGACACUAAAUUUAGAAACCUUUCAGAUGACUCCAUUUUAGCAUUGACUGAAUAGAUAGGUAUAAUCAUUUAUAUAGUUUUUAUUUUUUUUUUCACUUAAUGUGUUUUUACUAAAACACUUGAGUAAGGGGGGAGGAAAAAAAAUUUUUUUUUUUUUGGGAGAGAAAUCUCCCAAAAUUUGCUUCUUUUUUCCUAACGUACAGGCACUAUUAUAAUUGUCAGUGACACAUUAAAUUGGAUUAUUUUGUUUGCUUUGAGUUAGGAAUUACUGUGUGAUUUAAUUCAUGAUUCUCAUAACAUUCAGUGUCAAUGUAGCAGAAGGGAGAUCAUAAUAGCAUUGAAUGUAAUUUUGAAGUAGGGAAUGACCUUUAAAUCUGAGAGAGAACAUUUGAAUCCUUUUCAGGGAGGGUGUGUGUGUGUGUGUGUGUGUGUGUGUAUGUGUGUGUGUGUGUAGAUAAAUAUAUAUACAUACAUGCACUCUUUAAUGUUGUACAUACAUAUGCACAGUACAUACAUUUUAAUUUAUUGACAAAAUCAAAUUAAGAUUUGGAAAAGUGAGAUAUUCUUACCUAAAAUAGUAUGCUUGAAAUCAUCAAUUUGUGUCUGAAAUUAGCUGUAGUGCAUGGAUAUUGUCCAUAUUGGGUUAUUUGCUGUUUGAAUUAUAGAGGUCUACAGUAUUUGUUUUGGCAUAGUUUCUGUAGAAAGAUUUAAAAAUAUCAGGGUAGUGGAAAAACUAAAUCUUUGUACUUUUGUUUUGGCAUGCAUUUAUUCAGUAUCUUCUGAACAAUGUUUGUUUUCGCUGUUGAGCUGUCAUAGUAUCCUAUUUUUAAGUUUAUUUACUUUAAGGAGUAUUGUCUUAUCACUUUUUGGAAAUGUCUUGACUUUUACACAAAGUAUAUAUAUUCAGGUCUUCAAAAAAUAGCAGUACAUGUUCAGCAGUAGCAAUUUAUGCCAAAAAGUUUUACUUUGAGAUUUAAAUAACUUGCAUAGCAGUAAAAUGUGUUUUGUGUGAGAUAAAAACAGAAAAAUGACCCAGUAUCUUAAUAUCUUAAUCGAUAACUUACUGGAGAGUAUCAGAAUUCCCAAUAGCUCCUAUAGAAUGACAUAAAUUGUUUAAGAUUGGUAAUCAGUUAUUUUUAGUAAUGUUUCUGAUUCUAUUGUUAAAAGUUACAGAUCUCACAAUUUUUAGAGACAGAAUUUCUGCCUGCUUAAUUCCUUAUGGGAGCAAUGCCUUCUUUGGCUCCUCCUAGGAUGGUGAUCAUUGGUGUCUACUUCAGAUGAUAAAAAGUUAACUCUCAUAAAUGUCUCUGUUCAUUUUCAUACAAACAUUUCAAAGCUGCUAUGUCAUUAGGCAGUGAAAUUUAUAUAGUGAAUAUAUUAUCAUGUAAUUUCUGUUCCCACUAAAUAUUUUUGGACAAAAGAUGACAAACUCAAAAGUAUGUGUCCGUCCCCCCCCCCCGCCCAGUGACUCACUUAAAAACCCUACAUUUGCCAAACUAUCAGUCUGUCUCUUCAAAAACCAAUGUGUACUGCUAUUUUUAAAACCAAAAAGACAGCAUGACUAUGCGUAAAAGCAUUUUUCUUAGCCUUUCCUUUGUCUUGAUCAGUUGUUAACAAGAAUAAAACUGCCAGACUUAAGAUAUUCUAUUGUGCUAAAAGAAAUACAGUUUAGAUUGCACAAAAGUUUUCCUUUAAAGAAAAUAGAGCUCAGCUGUCCUUCAAAAGAGCUGUGUUGUUAUCUAUAAGACUAUUUGCAGUCUUUUUUCACAGCAAAUUCUAAAAGUUAGUUAUGAAUGGUUUAAAAAGUAGAAAAUUACUAAAAAGUUUGGGGAGUUUUAUAAAGGGAGGAAAACAAAACAGGACCAAAGUUUAUGUGCCUUCUUCAGUAGUCUUAAUUGACCUUUUCUUCCUAUUUGAGACUAAGGUAGUAUCAGUAUUCUGGUUUUCAGGAAAUACAUACUAUAUAAUUUUAAAAGAAUGUUAUCCCACGGACUAUUCAUACAAGCAAAGAAUUGUAACUGUAUAAAUGAAGUCUCAGUUACAGUUUGCCUUUAUCACAUAAUAUUCAUUCUACAGCAUUUUGCAGGUCCAAGAAUGAGCUGCUCUACAUCUUUGUGGUAGUCAUUUUAGUUUUUGUAACCUGAGGCAUAUGUUCCAGAGAACAGGGAUAUUUGUCUGGUCCAGUGACCUUGGUGAUAAUAGUCAUGACUGAAAGCUGCUUAUAGCAAGCUUAAGUCAGCACUGUAAACAGAUUUUGUUGUGUUAAUUUUCAGUUUUUGAACCUACGUAGUAGUUGUAUUAACAGAUAUUUAAAUAGAUAUUUUUGAUGUCAUUUAAAAAAAACAAUAUGCUCUGGCCUUUCCCCCCCCCUUACCAUUGUUACCCAGAUCUUUUAAAAAUUCAUCCCACAUCCAAAAAGUACUAAUUAUAGAUUGCUGACCAAGCAAAGUUUUGCAUCAAAAUGUCACCUCAUUGCUCUGACCAAAGACUUACUGUUCUGGUUUUAACUCCUCUCAUUAAGCAUUUUUUCCCAAGCUCCUUUCUGAAAGAAGACCCAGUGCAAAGCGGCCUUUACUUUCUAUUUCCUGUUGGUGAAUAGACUACUUAAAGAAAAUGGGAGUAUAAAUGUGAACAGAACGGAUUAGGAUGACAAGGGUUUGAUGGGCAUUUUCAGUACUGUAUUUAAGAAAAACAAAAAUAGCACAGCUAGGAGCCUCUGACAUUGUCUUGUGUUUUAUGUGGUCUGUUCAUAAAAUUCCCUUUUUCAGUUUGUAAGAAUGUUCAUCUAAAAGUAGAAAAUGCUGUAAAUAUUUGUAACAACAUUUUUUUUAACCAGGCCAAAAAAGGGGAAAAAAAAAAGGUUUUUGGGAACAAGUUAACAUAUAAAGUGGUUUUAUAUAAAACAUCAAUUGUCUUGUAUAUUUUGAUAAGCAGCAGUACCAGCUUUCAUUUGUAACACAGUUUGUGGUGUUGGAAGAAAAGGAUUCUGUGAUUGUUUAAGUGAAUUAUGUUAUAAAUGCAAAGAGAAGAUAAAAUAUUAAAAAACAUAUUUUCUAAAUGCGUAGUGCAUGGUUAAUUCAAGCUUCUGUACUCUACAGUAUAUUCCAUUUUCGUUCAGUUUGUAUAUUUGCUGACUAUUACUUGAUAAUCUCUAAUCUCUUUUCCUAACAAGUAUAGCAUUGUAGCAUGCCUUUUAAUAAAUGUCAUGACAUCUGUACUCUCUUAAAAUUUUCCGUGUUCUUGUGUCUGUACUUUGGGUUUCCUCUUGUCUUACCUGUAAUUCUAAUGAUGUCAUACUUUCUUUU